AUGCCACGUAUAGUCCGUCUACUAAGCUACACUGCGGUGGCAGGUGUAGCCAGCUACAGCAUUCAUCGCCAACUCAUCCACCUUGAAGAAAAGUACCCAGCAUUCCCCCCCUCAGCGGGCAGCAAAGCACUGCGCACUCCAAGCCCAACCACCCACUGUCCAUACGUGGACAUCUACGCAGCCCAAAUUCCACUAUCAGCCCUGCACGCCCGGGUUCCAAGCAAUAAACAGCCAACCAAGACCGAACUUGAAAACGCCUGGGCCAGAUCCGUGUUCGGGAGCCGAAUCCUCCGCGCAGAAGGCUUGUUGAUCGGUCUUUGCACCAAACUCAGCCUCUCGCCAAGUUAUACAGGCGAUGCAGAUGGGUUCUCGCCCGAUGAGUCGGGUAAGCCGCGCGUGCUGCUGAACGGUGGUCUCCGGGUCCAGCGGGUGCCGGGGGCCGACGAAGAUAGUAAUGGUUUACUAGUCUCGAUGAGACUACCGGACGGGCCGCGACUAUUCUUUGAGGCGAUUGCGCGAUGGGGGUAUCCCUGGCGGUUGAUGACAUGCGUACGGCAUGAGAUGAGUGUCUCGGAGCCAUACGAGAUGAAGGGAGAGAAGUUUGUCCAGGUGGGAUUCGCGAGUGCGCAUGAUUACGAGGUUGUUGAGACGGAGGGUGCGCUGGAUCAGCAGAAGCUGCUGCCGGCUUGGGUCUCGAGAUUGCAUCGCGGGUAUGCGAGGUAUGUGCUGGAUUCUACGGUUGAAGAGGUUAUUCGGGAGUUGGAACGUGCUUGA